AAAAUUUGAGUUUUUCCUCACUCAUAAAGUCAUAAUUAUCCAACAGUUGGAUACUCAUCGGCAAUAAAUGUCCGGCAGGUGCUGAAAAAAUCAACUUUUGCAGGUGGAUCUUUAAUUUUGUCAGUCACUGUUAUACGGACCAAAAUCCAUGACAAAACGAGAUUUUUGUUUACAUUGGCUUUUCGCAUGAAUAAAAUUACAUUUUGGCGUUGAUGGUACCUAUCAGUAUAUGUGAAAAGUUUUGUUAAUUUCUGCUGUGACUAUAAACUGGUGAUCGAUACACCUACUCCUCAAAAUGGUAAAAAUAUGUGCAGUCCUAAACUGUCUCUCUAAUCGUUAUUCCUACGAAGGUAUCUACAUGUACCCGUUACCAAGGAAAAAUCCGGAUCUGUUAUUGACUUGGAUGCGUGCUUGCCGACGCCCGGAGGGAUACGUUCCGCCUGGGUAUAUGUUCGUGUGCGAGAAACACUUUGAUGAAUCAAUUGUAACCAGAAACUCUCAGGAUACCCGAAGAAAACUGAUAGCAGGCGCGGUACCAACACUGAAUCUAGACUGCGAACUACCACCUGCUUUCGAAAAGCAGUCAGCACCCGAAAAAGGGCGCAAGACAAAGAAGCACCUAAAGGUAGAAAAUGACGGUAUUCAAAAAACUAGUAACAGAAAAACGGAAAGUUUUUCGAAAAAAUCCGAAGGAGAUGACAUUAAUGAGACUGCAGAAGAGGCUCCUUUAAAUGUUAACACAACAAAAAGGAAACGUCGGGAACCCAAAGAAAUCGAGGAAGUUUUAGUAGAUGGUGGUUGUCGUUUAGCUAAAUCAGAAUUUGAGGAAGAGAACUUGAACCGUAAUGUACAUGCUUAUUGUCGGCUUUGUUGCGUGAAGUUUGAGUACGGUAAUAACUGUAGCUUGGACAGCUUGGGAGACGAUGAAACCGUAUCGGGCUUACUGAACAUUAGUUUGAUUGAAUCACCUGCUCUUACUUCAGCCCAACAAAUAUGCAUGAUAUGCUACGACCAGUUCACGAAUUUCGUACAAUUUCUCAAAGUAUGUCAUCGCGGCCAGUUGAAUUUUAUGCUACAACUGUCAGGUGAACAAGCUAAACUGCAAGAAAACACUACUUACGAAUUACAUCCAGCUAACGAGAGUUCUGCUAAACUAGAAGAACAAUUCGAAGAAGAUACCGGCCUAUUUAAGGAAGAAAGUGAAUCUGAUCUUUCUGAGAACACAGAACAAAAUGAACCCGAAGACACAGGACUGGAGUCAGAACUACCAACUAUUGAUUUUGAAAGUAGCGAUCCUACAAAAACGAUAGAAUAUAUUGAUCAGUUGAUAACAGAAAUGGAUCAGUCAAAGUACAAAAGACAGAAACACAAACCAGGCAGGGAUUACGAAUGCACUGAUUGUGGUGAAGUUUUUCAACGUAGUCACGUGCAUAGAGCCCAUCGAAAACAUUGUUCACUGGUCGGGAGUCCACUUUCACUUCGUAAUAAACGUUACGAUUGCACACUUUGCUCUAGAAAGUCUAUACAAUCGAUCAGCGGUUAUCGCUACCAUCUUUGGAAUAUCCAUCGAGGGAUAAUUCAACCAAAUGGCAACAACGACCACGUACCGGAGGAACUGAUGAAGAUGUAUACAAGAAAAUCCUACCCAUGUUCGUUGUGCAAGGAUAUUUUCCGUUCCCGAAAUCUGCUGCGUUACCAUCUAUUGACACAUAAGCAAAUCCUACAGGGUGGUUCGGAUUUUAGAAAACGCUGCAGAGAUCAUCCGAACAGUAAAAUCAAAACAUUAGAAAAAAUACGGACAUCAGAACCAAAAAUUGUAUGUAGCAUUUGUGGUAAACAGAUAGCAACCUCAGCAUUGCCGCUGCAUAUGAAAUUCCAUCUUAAACAGAAAGAUUUUAAGUGCAAAGAAUGUGGGAAGCUGUUCUACAUUAAUAGUGAUUUACAGAUUCACAUUGACCGAAAUCAUAAGAAGAUUCGAUAUUCCUGUGAUGUCUGCGGUGCUAGUUUGGCAACCAAAAAAACUCUACACGUGCAUAAAUUACUACACAAUGAGGCGGCACUUAUAUACUGUGAGAUUUGCCCGGAACGAACGAAACGAUUUACUAACAAGGAUGCCCUCAGACGGCAUAUGAACAAACAGCACAACUGUAUCAUUGGAGUCGAAGGCACACCGCAACUGGCUGAGAUGUUGGCUCCUUUAAAGGCCCCAUGAUGCUCGGUUCCUACAUUUUAAUAUUCCGCUGUUGUGUUUGAAUAAAAGAACCUUCGUUACUUAUGUUCAGUAAAAAGAAAUCAUUUUUUUAAACAAUCGAUCCUGAAAAUAAGAUUUUUUGCCGUCUAUCUUUUAACAGACAAGAUACAGUUGUUCAGUGACUUAAACAGAAAUUGUAAUCUUUUGACAAGAACACGUAAAAAAUUUAAAACAAUUCAGAGAAUAAGACAACUUGUACAAUAUUGU